GGUGAGCGUGCUAUGGGCGGCCGGAGCCCAGCGCAGCCCUCGGCGCUCUGACACCAUGGAGUCGCCUCGUUCAUAACUUUACUCCGGGGCUUGUGCUAGGCCCUUAUUGAUCGCGGAAGGGGCUGUGUGCGCGGCAGUCUGCGGGCCGCCAUGUCGUUGCCUAUGCUGCAGAGUAACAGUGGCUUGAUGCGGAGGAUCCUGGCCCACUUCCCCCGGGACCUGAGCCUGGCCUUUGCUUACGGCUCCGGCCUGUUCGGACAGACAGGGCACCCGGGACCAAGUUGUUGUCCAAUAGAUUAGCUACUAUAUCGAGUACUGUGGACAGUCACUGCAGGAAAGAAACCAAUUCGAAACAUCCAGACAUAUGCGGCUUAUUGGGAAUCCAGAUGUGACUGAUUGAUUGCAUUUACCUUUAGUCAAUAAAUUAACAAUAUGCUGGAUUUUAUCUUUGCUGUGGAUGAUCCUGUCACUUGGCAUACAAUGAAUAUCAUGAAAAACCCCCGGCAUUAUUCAUUUUUGAGAUUUUUUGGACCAAACCAUGUUAGUAAAAUACAGAAUAAUUAUGGAGCUGGAAUAUAUUACAAUACAUUAGUGCCAUGUGAUGACAGGAUAAUCAAAUAUGGAGUUAUCAGUACAGGAACUCUGAUUGAAGACCUUCUUUAUUGGAAGAAUUUAUACAUUGCUGGAAGACUGCACAAACCUGUGAAGAUAUUAAUCCAAAAUGAAAACGGCAAAUUACAAGCUGCACUGGCUAGGAACCUGAAAAGUGCAGUGAUUACAGCCUUUCUCAUGCUGCCAGAAUCAUUUACUGAGGAGGAGCUGUACGUUCGUAUUGCUGGACUCUCCUACUCAGGUGAUUUUAGAAUGAUUAUAGGAGAAGACCGAUCAAAAGUAUUGAAUAUUGUCAGUGCAAACAUGGAAAACUUCCAAAGACUGUACAAUAGCAUUUUACAGGAGUGCCCUCAAGUGGUCUACAAGCAGCAGCUGGGUAAAUUAGAGCUUGAUAAAAGCCCAGAAGGUCAAUUCAGUCAGUUGAUGGCUUUGCCCAGAACUCUUCAACAAGAGAUAACUCGUUUGGUAGACCAACCAGGGAAAAAUAGAGAUGUAGAGGAGAUCUUGCUUCAAGUAGCCCAGGACCCAGACUGUGGAUUACUAAUACAGCAAAGUAUAGCUGGUAUUGUAAAAUCCUCCAGUCUAACCCAGAGUGCAAAAGGAAUUCUUACUGCUGGUAUGAGAAAAACAGUUACCUACAGCAUGAAGAAGCUGCAUAAAAUGUGGAGAGGAUGGAGAAGAAAAUCUUCCUAACAUUUUUGCUUACUAUUAUUUAAACUAUAUUUGGAAAAUACAUUUUUUAUGAAGCACACUAGCUGUGUGUUUUUCUUCAAUGGCUGGAAUACUUUAUAAAUUAUUAAAUACAUGUUUGCAUCAACUUUACAAUGACUGGAGGUUAAUCCUUCACUUCAGUGUCAUUAAUAAUGACAAUCUAUUUUCAAAAGAAUUUUACUGGUAAAUAUUUUAUGAACCCAAGUACUAUUUAUGAUUUGCAAUGUUCAGCAUUACAAUUUUAUGGAACUUUAUAAUUGUGCAAAUUUUGCAAGCAGUAGGUGUUUAGUAACCAUUGGGUUAAUUGGGAUCCUGUGGAAACUGUAUAGAUCUCUACAUAUCCAAUGAAGUACAGAGGCUCCACUUAACAGUGAACACAACCAACGGGAGACCUUAUUCAGAUCAUAUUGUUACUUAACCAUCUCUAAGCCACACCCAUUAACCAAUAUGGUGACAUCAUAAUAAAGCUUCAGGUUAUGUUGA